AUGAGUGAUCAACAAGAAGAGUCCAGUGCUAAUGGUGUUAACAAACUAUACAUGGAGGCAAUGUUAGCCGAAGUUAAGAAGCUUGUGACCGUGAGCCUCGAGGAGUUUCGACAGGAGAUUCAAGAGCAGACCAAACCAAAGGCUAACAAAGAUAAGAGAAGAGAUCUAGGAAAAGAACCUGAGGAAGUCUUGGAACCGACUAGACCUCUCAGAGAUGAUGCGGCCACAGAUUAUUACGGUCCUCUUAGUAGUUCCUCAAGAGACAGCCGAAGAAGGCAUAGGCGACACAAGGAAGAUCGAGUUCAAGAGGGUUUUGGAGGAGUUAAACUCAGGAUCCCUCCUUUUCACGACAAAAACGACCCUGAUGCCUACUUAGAGUGGGAAAAGAAGAUAGAAUUGUUGUUUAAUUGCCAACAAUUCGCCGGGAUUAAUCGAGUGAAGAUAGCCACCACCGAGUUCUACGAUUAUGCUCUUUGUUGGUGGGAUCAGGAGGAGAUGAAAUCUCUCAUGAGAAAAAGGUUUGUGCCAAGUCACUACCAUAGAGAAUUGCACCAAAGACUUAGACGGCUCACACAAGGCAACCGAUCUGUUGAAGAUUACUAUCAAGACAUGGAGACCUUGAUCCUACGAGCUGAUAUUCGAGAAGAUGCUGAAGCCACUAUGUCUCGUUUCUUAGGAGGAUUGAACAGAGAGAUUCAAGACAAGCUUGAGAUGCAGCAAUAUGAGGAAUUAGAAGAUAUGUUGCACAAGGCCAUCCUCAUAGAACAACAGCUCAAGAGGAGAAACACCAAAACCGUUUAUGGAGCUGGAGGAAUGCCUACUAAACCGAGAUAUUCUAGAGAGGAGAAGUCGAGUUCAGUAUCAAAAGAAGAGAAGCCAGCUGGUGUCUCUAAAGAGGAACCUAAGUCAUUCACUUCGGUAUCAGAUAACCGAAACAAAGCUAUGGGGUCAACAAGAACCAGAGACAUUAAGUGUUUCAAGUGUCUUGGAAGUGGGCAUUACGGAAACAAGUGUUCGAAUAAGAAGAUCAUGAUACUCAAGGACGAUAGCGAAUGGGAAUCAACAGCUGAGUCUGAAGCCGAAUCUCAUUCUGAACAUGAAGAGCUUCCUGCUCAAGGCUCCUUACUUGUAUCAAGAAGGUCUCUAAGCGUGCAAGCCAAAGCUAUGGAAGAGGAGCAGAGAGAGAAUUUGUUUCAUAGCCGGUGCCUUGUACAAGGAGAAGUUUGUAGUCUCAUCAUAGAUGGCGGUAGCCGCACCAACGUAGCCAGUCAAGAGAUGGUUCAAAAGCUCAUACUAGCCACCGAGAAGCACCCCCGACCCUAUAAGCUCAACUGGUUGAAUAAUGAUGGGGAAUUAAAGGUCAACAGCCGUGUCAUGGUCCCUAUUACUAUUGGAGGAUAUGAAGACGAGAUACAGUGUGAUGUGUUGCCCAUGGACGCAGGACACAUAUUUCUAGGCAGGUGA